AUGAACGUUGAUGGUGAUGAGCUCGAUAUUCCGGACGAUCAUCUCCAUCUCACAAACACGUACGAAGACCAUGACGGAUCUGGAGGCUGGGGUGAGGAUACUGGACAUGACAUUGAUUCAAAUGAGGGUGGUUCUACUGGCAGUUUCAUCAAUGAAGAAGGAACAUUACCGACUGGCGACUUCAUCGACUGGUUCCCCGGAGCUUCUCAAACGUAUGGCACAGGUCAUACUUUCCUUGACUUGUUCAACUCAGAUGAGAACAGCUGGCCAAAAAAUUGGGAACUUGCGUCAUGGCUACUUCAUUCGGGAUUAAGCAUGGGGAAGAUAGAUAGCUUUUUGUCACUUGAGAUAAUUAAGGGUCUUCCUCUGUCAUUCUCAUCGGCCAAGGAACUUCCACGCUGGAUGUCUCAAGUAAUUGAGACAAUGCAUCCGACAAAAACACCAGUCGUCUUAUAUUGGCGCGACCUGUUAGAUUGUAUCUCCAGUAUUCUCAACCAUCCAUCCUUUCACGACCAGUUAGACUUUACGCCUUGCAAGGUGUAUACCAUGGUGCAGCAGCUGUGCCGUGUGUACUCUGAAUGGAUGAUAGGAGAUGAUGCAUGGAAGAUCCAGUUGGCUCUACCACGAGGUGCGAUGCUGCUUGGGACUAUUCUAUCAUCCGACAAGACAAAUAUAUCUAUGAUGAUGGGCGACAGAAUCGCACACCCGCUCCUCAUCAGCCUCACCAAUAUACACAUGUCCACCCGACUCAAGACAUCGUCUAAUUCUUUCGUGCUCACUGCCCUGCUCCCUGUACCAAAAUUCCUUCAUAAAAAUAAAUGUAUGCGUGGUAUGCUAGGGGAUCGUCUAGUCCAUCAAUGCCUGGAUAUCGUUUUAGAGUCGCUAAAGCUGGCAGCCCGUGAAGGAAUUAUGCUGUCAGAUCCUGUUGGUUCAACGACACUCGCACAAAUAGCUGCUGUCCGGAGCAAGGUCAAUUCCAAUGAUAUCGAAGCUUUCUUCCGCGAAGCACAGAGGUUUCAUCUAAAUGGUGUCGACAAACCUUUUUGGCAGGAUUGGCUCUUUGCUGACCCAUCACACUUCCUCACUCCCAAAACCCUCCACCAUCUUCACCGAGAGUUCUAUGACCACGACCUCAAGUGGAUUACAUGUGCAGUCGGGGAAGCAGAGAUUGAUUUCCGCUUCUCAGUGUUGCAGCCUGUGACAGGGUUUCGCCAUUUCCAUGGUGGCAUUUCAAAGCUAAAGCAGGUCACAGGGCGUGCCCAACGUGACAUCCAGUGCUCGAUUAUUGUAGUCAGUGCAGAUGCGGUGCCCAGCACUGUGAUGACAGCUUCACCACAGAUAGACGAUCACAAUAUCGAGUGUAUUUCCGCAGCACUGGCCGAAUUUCAUGCCAACAAACAUGCAAUCACAGCUGCUGGGUUCCCUAUUGAUAACUGGUACAUCCCGAAGAUAGAGCUUAUGCACAAUAUAUUUCCCAGUAUACGCAACACCGGUGUCACCAUGCAGUGGAGUGCAGACGCUACGGAUCAUGCACAUAUCACUGAGAUAAAAGAUCCUGCACGCUCAAGUAACAACAACAAUUACGACUCACAAAUCUGUCGUCACCUUGACCGUGCAGAUAAAUGUCGUCGCUUUGAUCUCGCAACAAGUCUAUUAGACUUGAGACUACGAACCAGCCUAGAUCAACACCUCAACGUUGAUGACGUCAUUGAUUUUGAUGUCGACGACGAUGACGACGACAGCGAUCUCCCUGCAGACCUCUUGGCCACGGUCAAGUGCCCUAGAUAUGCACGUCCAAUCACUGACUACUUUACAAUGGGAAAGGUUCUCCGACACAGGGAGGUAGGGACAGUCCCUCUACCAUUGCGCACCUUUGUUGUUGGACGUACGGCCUUUCAUCUCGCCUACAGCCCAUCAAUCAGGGCCAUCUCCGUCGAUGAUGCUGCCCUUAGAUUCGGCCUUCCCGACUUACAACCAGCCAUCACUGACUUCCUUCGUCAUGAAGAUAUCCACGGAUAUGGUCAUGUUCAUCCGCUUGGGGGGGCUAGGAGGGCUGUGUGCAAUGCUUCACUUCCAUUUGAACAACUGCAAAUAUGGUUCAAACUUCGGCUCCAGGAUACAGAAUUUCACAAUGCCACCAGCAUGCGGCCUGCACAGACCCUGAACUGCACACCACCUUCUGAAAUUUGGCCAUUUGGUCAGUAUGACACUGUUAUUGUCAAUAAUGAGGAAGGGCACUCAUGGCCUGCCGAUGGUCUUCGCGGUCAUGUUGUCGCUCAAAUGAGGCUUAUUCUAUGUCCAAUUAGAAAGACGGGCACACAGGGGACUCUGAAGAAUCACUUCCUCACUUACGUGCAACACUUUGACAAUAGCGAGCGCGAAUCAGCUAUGCAGCUACAAGUGCUCAAGAGGGCGAAACGGUCAAACGGGACUCGCAUUGGUGAUGUGAUACCAGUCACUCAGCUCAGAGCGCCUGUUAAUGUUAUCCCUCGCUUUGGUGCAAGUGCAGACCCUCGUCUCACUCAAUAUAACAGUAUGGAGCACGCUGAAGAAUUCUGGCUCAAUAAGUAUUGGGACAAAAAUAUUUUCUUCCCUCUUUCAAUGUAG